UGUGACAUAUGAAGCAGUUAAAAUGAAGUCCGUGGUUUUGUUCGGUGUUAUAUACGCUGUUCUAUUUGCUCCUACGUGCCAUACUUUGAAACGUGAACUGCGGCCUCUAGAUGAUUUCUCGUUUAAAUCAUUCCUAGCCGCGUUCCGCGAGUCCAUGUUGGCGGAAGUUGCGCAUCAAUGGAACGUGACGAUUGCGCAAGCGCAGUUUCUUCAAAAGCAGAUGACCACGUGCAACGCCAAGAUCCAGACCCGUGUGGACGCCUGCAGAAACUGCACACAGAUAAGAUGCACGGAUCAACCAAACUUCGACGGCUACGUGAGCGCGUUCGAUCCCCUGUCCUCCCUAAAGGGGCCCCUGGAAGAACUCGGUGCCGGUAUGUCGGAGGCGGUCGUCCUGCUCGGAACCAGAAGCUUCACCUUCCUGCAAUCUGUGGAGGGCAUAGCCUCAGAGGCCGGAAAAAGCUUCGGGGCCGGAUUUCAGAGUGUAACGAACGAGGUGAUAAAGGACUUCCAGAAGUUACCGGAUGUGCUUCAACAAGGCGGUCAGCUGGCACUGGAUGGACUGACGGAUGCCGGCAAUCAUGCGCUUGAUGGGCUGAAGGAUCUUGGUAACCAGGCGCUAGGUGGCAUCACUGAUUUUGGCAACACCGUGGGGAAUGGAAUAAAAAAUGCGGGUCAAUCAGCUAUCGAUAAAAUAACAAGUUUGUUUGGACGCCGGCGUCGAAUGUAUGACGUCAGUUCUCAUGAUUGCAUGGAGCGAUGUGACGACGUCUGCCUUCAACUUAUGACAGAUGACAAUGACAGAGUUAUAACAGACGUGUGUGGUGCAUUUGUCGUAUCUUUGAACAAGACCGUACAUCGCAGCAUCGUCAAAACCACCACCGUGUACAACGCCACUUUGGAUACCGCAAUGCCUAUACUGACAAAGGUUGAAAUUGACACCAGUGACCUUGAUCCUUCGACCAUGGAGAUAAAUACAUUCUACAUUACGGUCAAUAUUGGCGGUCAUUAUGUCAGAUUUCGCUCAAGUGAAGCAUACCGUAUGAUGGACGUUAUGGGGACCGCACGCCUAGUCGCUGCAGAGGUCUGGCAGAUGUGGACAUAGGCGGACAUCUUUAAUAAAUGGAUCACCACUGCUUGACCCUGUUGUUAUUUGUUUGAAUUGUAUAUAUUACAACUUAAGG